AUAUUGGCUUUGUUGCUCAACCUCUGAGCCCUGUCAAUGAUGAAUGGCUCUUAAUAUGUCAUAUUGUUUUGCAUAACUCGUAAUGAGUAAUGUACACAGUAUACUUAAUUAAUUAUCUCCAAAGUAAAUGAGUAAUUCAAAUUUUAUGGAAAAAUAAUUGGAACUCUCACUUUUUAUUUUCUAAGUAUGCAUUUCAUAUCAAUAAACCUCCUUCUUUUUUUAAUAAUUAAAAAUGUACCUCUUAUUAUUAUUUUUAACAAUAAAAACAGAUUCCUAUUGUCGCCCUAAGCUAAUUUGCUCUGAAAAUGCUCGCUACCGAUCCGACACGACAUCAAUCUCCGACGCCGGCGACCAUCCCUCCGGGGCGGCCGCCGGACUUUCCCCAGAUGGUGGUUCCACCGGACCUUACAGCAUCUAGUCCAGAUCUGCAAGCGAUCUCCUCCUCCACGGAAAUGGCGGUUGAUUCGACCUCAGCGAUCAACCAGACCUCCAGUCAAUCAAAGGAUAUGGACACGGAGGUAUUGAAGACCUCCACCCCUGCGAACAUGAUCAAGAUCCCACCCGGGCCGACGAAUCUCGGAGGUUUCUCUUACGCUGCAGCAGUUUCCGGAAUGAAAAACUCUGAAAAUCCAGGAACGCCAGGCAACCAAUGGACCCCAGUUGGAGAACAUGAUCUCAUCCCAGGAGAUUUCAAUGGGGAGCCAGCCCUACAAAUCUCGGCCACCUUCAAGAACAAACUCUGUGCUCCUUGGCAGAGAACUCUUGUUGUCCGGCUCUUGGGGAUUAAAGUUGGCUUCACCACUCUCUGCUCUCGCCUCCGGGCUCAAUGGCGGCCAACAGGGCAUAUGGAAGUGCGAGACCUGGACCAUGAUUGCUAUCUGGUGAAGCUCGAAAACGAUCAAGACUAUUUCAAAGCCCUCACCGAAGGACCUUGGACAAUUUUCGAUCACUAUGUGGUGGUGCACCAGUGGACUCCAAAAUUCAGAAUCUCAGAUCCCCUUCCGAAGAGGAUGAUUGUUUGGCUCCAACUACCCGGACUUCCGAUCCAUCUCUACCACAAAGAAGUUUUAACUUCUAUUGGAAAUCUAAUUGGGCGCACCAUCAAACUCGAUUACCACACAUUGAAUCAACAAAGAGCCAAAUUCGCGCGCCUGGCUGUGGAGAUCGACCUGGGAAAGCCCCUUAUUCCUCGAGUUCACAUCGACGGGGAAUGGCAGAAGGUUGAAUACGAAAACCUUCUAGAGGUGUGCUUCGAAUGCGGCAAGGUGGGUCACCCGUCGGUCUCCUUCCCAAAGGUUCGUUUAACUCCUCAAACGGGUGCUCUGACGGUGGCCGGAAAUCUGGGCGUGGACAGCUCCGACGCGAUGACGGUGGCGGAACCGAGCGCAAGUUUCGGUCCUUGGAUGAUAGUUACCAAGAAAAGUCGACGGAAUAAUAGGGAUCAAAAUCGGAAAGGGAAGGAGGAAUCGGAGGAAGGGAAACUGAAUCAGGGGAAUGGGAGCAGGAACGGAAAGAAUAAUUUGGCAAGAAAGGAAAGUGGAGAUAGUGCGGGGCGGCCUCACCAUAAUCCUCAGUAUACCCAACGGACAAAUAUCUCAGAGAAUAAACAAAUGGCUGUUGGCAAAAGCAAAGAAGAGGAAAAAAAAGGUAAGGAGAAAGUGGGAUUGGCGGGUCCACCGACUUCUAAAGGACUACUGGGCCCCGGCCCUUUUCUGUCCAACACCACUGGGCCUAAGGCCUCUCCCGGCCCGUCAGAGGCUUCCUCUUCACAUGGCACUAGAGGGCCAUCUUCCACACAUGCUCCCCUUUCUCCUAAGACUGGGCCCGCUACCAACACCUCAAGCCAAAUCUUUCCAACAGCGGAUAUGCCCAUCCAACUCUUGACAGGGCCCAAUGGCACUAACAUGCAGAUAAUCUCGACCAAACAGCCCACUUUCACACCUCUAUCAGAGACAAAUUCCAAGCGGCAGGAGCUGGGAGGGAAGCAGAAGCAGAAUAAAACUUCUAAAACCAGAUCGCGCAAGAGCUCCCCGAUGAAGCAGAAUCCUCUCAAGCCGCUGCGGAUUUGGUCUCCGAUGAAGGAGAAGAAGAGCAAAACGAAAUCUUGGCUGGCCACCCUUACUCUUGAAGAGAUAAAUGACUGGACCAAGGGGGGGAUGGAAGCAGUAGCGAUGGAUUUGAGGAAAGUAGAUUCGCCGGUCAGAAAUGCUCCGGUGACUACCCCUCCUGAGAAUCAAGCGGCGACUCCCUCCACCUAAUUGGUGAGCCCGUUACUUUUGAACCUCCUUU